AUGAUUCAUGUUUUAUUUUUGUUGACAUUGAGUUUGGUGGCAAUCUACGAAGCAAAUGCUUGCAGCUGUGUGUAUCAAUCUCAUCAACAAAAAUUCUGUGAAUCUGACUUUGUAAUUAAAAUGAAAGUUGAGGAUAUUAAAGAAAACAAUAAGGAAUCACAGUAUUUAAUGUAUCAAGUUAAUAUAUUAGAAACUUAUAAGGCUUCUGCUGCUGCAAAAUCUGCUCUUAAAAAUCGAGUUUUGGUAACCUAUUCCGAUUCUGGAAUCUGUGGAAUCCCGUUUUGGCGAGAUGACGUCGCUGUUGUUAGUGGGUUUGUAAUAAAUGAGCAACCACACAUCAGUAUCUGCGAUAUGCAUAUAUAUAACGCUGAAAAAAUAGCAGCUGAGGAGAUGAAUCUUCGUGAAAAUUAUAUUAAAUCUUGCGUUUCAAUGAUGCGUUUCUUAUUUUUUUUGACAUUGAGUUUGGUGGCAAUCUACGAAGCAAAUGCGUGCAGCUGUGCGGCUUUUCCUCUUCAACACUUAUUUUGUGAAUCUGACUUUGUAAUUAAAAUGAAGAUUGAUGAUCUUCCAGAAAAUAAGGAAUCAUCAUAUUUAAUGUAUAAAGUUGAUAUAUUAGAAACUUACAAGGAGUCUGAUGCUGCAAAAUCUGCUCUUAAAAAUCGACUUGUGGCAACUAAUCUCGAAUCUGGAAUCUGUGGACUUAUAUAUAAGCAAGGUGACGUUGUUGUUGUUGGUGGGGGUAUAAUGAAUGGGGUGCCACACAUCAGUCUCUGUGAAUUGCAUAUAGAAAACGCAGAAAAAAUAGCAGCUGAGGAGACUAAUCUGCGUGAAAAUUUUAUUAAAACUUGCGUUUCAGUAGUUAAUUAA